UUCUCUGAUCACCCAAUUCCUUUCUGCCAUCUACCAACAAUCUAUAUCCUCGCAUGCAACUUAUAAAAGUCAUGAUGUCCUUAAUAGAGAGACCGAUUUCCCAUUGCUUAUUCACCGCGCCUUUCAUUAUCAUUCUUGCCUUGGCUUCUUCUUCUUUCCAUGUUGCUAUUUCUUCUUCCUUUGCAACUUCACCUUCCAAUAUAGUAACAAUGAUGGGACGAGAAGCAGAGACUCUUUUGGAAUGGAAAGCCAGCCUUGACAACCAAAGCCAGUUUCGGUUGUCUUCUUGGGUUGGAAACAUCACUUGCCAUUGGGUUGGAAUUUCUUGCAACAACUUUAGCAGUAUCUCUCAUGUCAACCUCCCAGGUGCUGGUUUAAAAGGUACACUCCACACUUUCAGCGUCUCAUUCUUACACAGUCUCAUAAGUCUUAAUCUCAGCAACAAUUUACUCUAUGGUACCAUUCCUUCCCAAUUGGGAAACCUUUUUGAGCUAAUCUAUCUUGAUUUAUCUGCCAACCAACUCUCAGGUUUAAUUCCUACUUCUAUAGGAAACUUAAGCAACCUGAGUGUUUUAUACCUCGACAAUAACACACUUUUUGGACCCAUACCUGAAGAAAUUGGAAAGUUGGGAUUUCUUAGUGAGCUUUCUUUGUCCAUGAACAAUCUCUCUGGUCCAAUACCUGCUUCUAUAGGAAACUUAAGCAACUUGUCUAGUCUUUAUCUAUGGGAAAACAAUCUUUGUGGAUCUAUCCCUUCUUCUAUAGGAAACCUUUCUAAGCUGAUAUACCUUUAUUUAUCUACCAACAAUCUCCCAGGUUUAAUUCCUAUUUCUAUAGGAAACUUAAGCAACCUGAGUGCUUUAGGCCUCAACAAUAACACACUUUCUGGACCUAUACCUGAAGAAAUUGGAAAGUUGGGAUUUCUUAGUGAGCUUUCUUUGUACGUGAACAAUCUCUCUGGUCCAAUACCUGCUUCUAUAGGAAACUUGAGCAACUUGUCUACUCUUUAUCUAUGGGAGAACAAUCUUUGUGGAUCUAUCCCUUCUUCUAUAGGAAACUUGAGCAAUUUAGCCAUUUUAGACCUUAGCGAAAACAAACUUUCUGGACCCAUACCUGAAGAAAUUGGAAAGUUGGGCUUUCUUAGUUAUCUUGCUCAGUUCAUGAACGAUCUCACUGGUUCAAUCCCUGCUUCUAUAGGAAACUUGAGCAAUUUAGCCAAUUUAGACCUUAGCGAAAACAAACUUUCUGGAUCCAUUUGCCAUGAAAUUUGGAUGCUUGGAUCUCUUAGUGAUCUUGCUCUUUUCAUGAACAAUCUCUCUGGUCCAAUACCUGCUUCUAUAGGAAACUUGGGAAAUUUAGCCAAUUUUGACCUUAGCCUAAACAAUCUCACUGGUUCAAUCCCUGCAUCAAUUGGGAACUUGACAAAGCUCACUCUAUUAUGGUUGCACAUGAAUAAAUUAUCUGGCUCCAUCCCUUUUCAAUUUAAUAAUCUAACAUAUUUGAAGAAUUUGGCAUUUUCUGACAACAUGUUGUCCGGGUAUAUUCCUCAAAAUGUUUGUUAUGGUGGAUCACUUCAAAACUUCUCAGCAUAUGACAACUAUUUCAUAGGUUCCAUUCCCAAAAGUUUGAGAAACUGCACCAGUUUAAUAAAAUUGAACUUGCACGGAAACCAUUUAGGAGGAAAUAUAUCAGAAGAUUUAGGAAUUUACCCGAAUUUGAUAUAUAUUGAUUUGAGAUACAAUAAUUUCUAUGGAGAACUUUCUCAAAAGUGGGGGAAGUGCCAAAGUUUGCAAAGCUUGAAAUUCUCCAAUAACAGAAUUUCUGGUGUAAUUCCUCCUCAGCUUGGAGGAUCCAUCCAGCUACGUUUGCUUGAUCUCUCCUUCAAUCAUAUAGUCGGGCAGAUUCCAAAGGAAUUAGGAAGGUUGACGUCAUUGUUUCUACUUAAUCUGGGUGAUAAUAAACUUUCAGGCAGUAUUCCAAUGAUAUUGGAAUGCUAUCCAAUCUACAAUAUCUUGUUCACUCAGCCAACAAUUUAACUGGAUCAAUUCCUAAACAAAUAGAAGGGUGCUCAAUAUUGUUGAACUUAAGUUUAAGCAAAAAUAAACUUAGGGGGCCUAUUCCCUCUGAGAUUGGAAACUUAAACUCUCUUGAAAUGCUCGAUUUAAGUGAGAAUUCACUUAUCGGGAAAAUACCACCUCAACUUGGAGAUAUGAAAAG